AUGAAGUUCCUCGCUGGCCUCGUGGCCUUGGCCUCGGUGGCUGUCGCUGCCGUCGUUCCAACGGAGCAGAUCACCCAAGAGCUUACCGCACUGGAUGAGCGAGCAACUGCGGAUAGCUCUUGCAAGAAUGGACCUCUCACCCGUGCAUGCUGGAGCAGUGGCUACAGCAUUGCCACCGACUUCGACCAGAAGCACCCAUCCACCGGCAAUACCGUCACCUACAACUUCGAGAUCACCAACGGCACAUGCAAUCCCGACGGCGGCAAGAGCAGACUCUGUCUCUUGAUCAACGGACAAUAUCCUGGUCCUCAAAUCACCGCCACCUGGGGUGACACUGUCGUUGUCAACGUCAAGAACAGCAUGCAGAACAAUGGAACAUCCAUCCACUUCCACGGUGUUCGUCAGCUAAGCAGCUGUGGCUCCGACGGUGUCGGUGGUAUCACUCAGUGCCCCAUUGCCCCAGGAAGGAGCUUUACCUACCAGUUCCAAGCAACCCAGUUCGGAACCUCGUGGUACCACUCCCACUUCUCCAACCAGUACGGUGACGGCGUUGUUGGACCAAUGGUCUUCAAUGGACCUGCCACUGCCAACUACGACACUGAUCUCGGCGUGUACCCCAUCAAUGACUGGUACUACGACACGGCUUUCCAGGUUGCCGCCAACACCCUCAACAAUCUCCAGGUCCACAACGGUCCCCCAUCCGCUGACAACAUCUUGAUCAACGGCACCAACAAGGCAGCGAGCGGUGCCGGCAAGUACAGCUACGUGUCGAUGACCAAGGGCAAGAAGUACCUCCUCCGCCUCAUCAACAUGUCUGUCGACAACUACAUCCGCGUCUCUCUCGACAACCACCCGCUGUCCGUCAUCACCUCCGACUACGUCCCAAUCAAGCCUUUGUCGACCAACUGGUUGCUCCUUGGUAUUGGCCAACGCUACGACGUCGUGAUCAGCGCCAACCAGACCGCCGGCAACUACUGGUUCCGUGCCAAUGUCGCCACCGAUUGCCUGAGUUCCAACUCCAACAAUGGCCGCGCCGUCUGGUCCUACAGCGGCGUCUCUGUCGCCGACCCCACGACUUCUCCAUUCGCCGGCGACUCUGGCUGCUCCGAGCCCGCCCCGUUGGCUCCUUACUGGGUGCAGACCGUCCCAAGCGGAUCUUUCGGCAGCAUGGCCUCGCGUCUCAACGUCAACCUCACUGAAGCUCAGGUCGUCCCCGGCGGUGACCUGGUCGUCGUCUGGGCCCUCAACCAGACCAGCUUGGACAUCGACUGGUCCAACCCGACCAUCAACUAUGUCAUGAACAACAACGGGAGCUACACCCAGUCCAUGGAUGUCAUCCAGACCCAGAGCGAAGGUUCCUGGAACUACUGGCUCAUCCAGCAAAGCGCCGGCCUGCCGCCGAUUCCCCACCCCAUCCAUCUUCACGGUCACGAUUUCUUCGUCCUCGGCCAGGGCAGCACCACCUUCACCGGCUCCGAGACCCUCAACUGGAGCACCCCACCCCGCCGUGACACCGCUACCUGCCCCGGUGGUGGUUGGUUGGCCAUUGCCUUCCAGUCCAACAACCCAGGUAUGUCAUCCCCCACACCCCCGAAAUCUCCCAGUACUUCAAAAAAAAAAAAAAAAAGCUAACAAAUCACUUACUACAGGUCUCUGGCUCAUGCACUGCCACAUCGCAUGGCACGUCUCCGAGGGUCUCGGCAUGCAGUUCGCCGAGGCGACCGACUCGAUGACCCUGCCCGACAGCAGCACUUUCCAGAGCAACUGCGAUGCCUGGAAGUCGUACCAGAACAGCAUGUACUGGAUCAAGGACGACUCGGGGUUGUAA